CGACCUUCCCCGACGACUCACGACGACCCUCACGACACCCGUCCGCUUCCACGAUACCCUUAAGGAGGCUCUUUCAAAAAUGGCUGUCAGGAACUCCGGUCUCGCCUCUUCGCGCCGCAAGUCGCGCGCGGCUCACUUCAAUGCUCCCUCCAGCGUGCGCCGUGUCAUCAUGUCGGCUCCCCUCUCCAAGGAGCUGCGCCAGAAGUACAAUGUCCGCUCGAUCCCCAUCCGCAAGGACGACGAGGUUACGGUCGUCCGUGGUAGCCAGAAGGGUCGUGAGGGCAAGGUCACCAGCGUCUACCGCCUAAAGUGGGCCAUCCACGUCGAGCGUAUCAGCCGCGACAAGAGCAACGGCCAGAGCGUCCCUCUCCCCCUCGCCCCCUCCAACGUCGUCAUCACCAAGCUCCACCUCGACAAGGACCGUGAGCAGAUCCUCGAGCGCAUCGCCAAGGGUCGUGAGGCCGUUGCCGCUAAGUCCGCUUAAAUGUGUGGGAAGAAGCAAUGGGGUUCUUGAGAUUUUUUAAAGUUCAUAUAAAGCAAAGUGUCUGUUGUGUGAAUCAACCGCGGGAGUUCUACCACUGGGAAGACGCGAUAAAAUCCGAGUUCUUAUCCUAGGUCGGGAUUACGUCUUACUGAAAUUAGAUGUAUUCUGAUGAAAUGAAAAACGAAAAAAUCGAUUUCCUCUACCUACCCAUUACUUGCCCAUUUGCAUCACAUCACAUCACAUCACAUCACAUCACAUCAUACUUGCGGGUUGCGGUUACAUGCUCUCUUUGUCUGCUGACUGACUGGGAGGUUGUAUCUUGCAUUCAUGGCGGUCGUGCGUCUGGGCCAUUUGAGGACUGGCUGUUUCCCCCCUCCCUGCCCCGUCUCCCUGCCCCGUCGUUCGUGUAAUUGCAAUAUACAUACCUGCAAAGACCCCCCACCUCAUCUCGACACCCCCU